AUGACGGUCACCACCGGUCCGCCGCAACAAAUCUCGGCCCGAAGCCCUCAAAAGCCCGCCGAACACGAACUGUCUUACUUCUCGUCGGCCCUCGAGGCCCUGAGAAAGCCCGCUCUGACGGCUCUAAACCUCUCCUCUUUGGGCCUGAAGAAGCCCGGCCCGGACCGAGACCCCGCCGGCGAUAUCCUCGAGGUCGCGCGGCGGCCGGAGAACGCGCGGUGGGUCCGUGGCGUGCGGCGGAGGAUUCACGAAAAUCCGGAGCUGGCCUUUGAGGAGCACGAGACGAGCGCGCUCGUCCGCCGUGAGCUGGACGGGCUCGGGGUGGCGUACCGGUUUCCGGUGGCGGGGACGGGGGUCCGGGCGGCGGUGGGGACCGGCGAGCCGCCGUUCGUGGCCCUCAGGGCCGAUAUGGAUGCUCUGCCUAUUCAG